GGGGUGGGGGCCGUGUUUGCGGGAGAAGGAAAGGGUGGGAGUCGGAGGAGCGGACUACCUUUCCAUUAUUAUUUUUAAUUUUUUGUUGAUAUUAUUUUCGCCGUGCAAGGAGGACGCUCGGAAUUCACCGGCCUGUCGGCUCCCGAGAGGGACCCGGGGAUUGUUGCGGUCGUUUUUCUUUAUUAUUUUUUUCCUUUUUUUUUUUUUUUUCGGUCGGGUCGUUUGUUUUGAUUUGGCGUUUUGUUGCUGUUAUUCUCAUUUUCCUUUUCCCGCUGAGCAGCGGCGGCGGCGGCAGCAAUAUGGCUGGUGAUGGGUUUUUUGGGGGGCGCUGGCGGCGGGAGGAGCUCUCGGAAGCCUCUGCGCGCCCGGCUCGCUGUUAGCUAUGGCAAAUGGCAGCGGCGGCGGCGGCGGCUCCUACCCGGGCGGCAGCGGCGGCGGCGGCGGCCUUAGAAUGAGUAACAAUAUCAACGCCAACAAUCUCAACACAGACUCGUCCUCCUCCCCCGUCAAUGUGCCCAAGAUGGAUGCGCUCAUCAUCCCGGUGACCAUGGAGGUGCCCUGCGAUAGCCGCGGACAGCGCAUGUGGUGGGCUUUCCUCGCCUCAUCCAUGGUCACUUUCUUUGGGGGACUGUUUAUCAUCCUGCUGUGGAGGACCCUCAAGUACCUGUGGACUGUCUGCUGCCACUGCGGGGUCAAAAGCAAGGAGGCCCAGAAGAUCAAUGGUGGUGGAGAUACACAGGCAGAUGGGGCCUGCAAACCAACAGAUGAAAAAGAAGAGAAUGUGGCAGCAGAAGUGGGAUGGAUGACCUCUGUAAAAGAUUGGGCAGGAGUCAUGAUAUCUGCCCAGACAUUAACUGGCAGAGUACUUGUUGUCUUAGUCUUCGCUCUUAGUAUUGGUGCUCUUGUAAUAUACUUCAUAGAUUCAUCAAAGAGCCGUACUGCAGACUCAUUGAUCCCAAUAGAGUCCUGCCAGAAUUUCUACAAAGAUUUCACGUUACAGAUUGACAUGGCUUUCAAUGUGUUCUUCCUACUCUACUUCGGCUUGCGUUUCAUAGCAGCCAAUGACAAGCUAUGGUUUUGGCUAGAAGUUAACUCAGUCGUAGAUUUCUUCACGGUCCCUCCAGUGUUUGUGUCAGUAUAUUUAAACAGAAGUUGGCUUGGUUUAAGAUUUUUAAGAGCCCUUAGGCUGAUACAGUUUUCAGAAAUAUUGCAGUUUUUGAAUAUCCUUAAAACAAGUAAUUCCAUCAAGCUUGUGAAUCUGUGCUCUAUAUUUAUCAGCACAUGGCUGACAGCAGCUGGGUUCAUACAUUUGGUGGAGAACUCAGGGGAUCCAUGGGAAAAUUUCCAAAAUAAUCAACAGCUAACAUAUUGGGAAUGUGUUUAUUUACUGAUGGUUACAAUGUCCACUGUUGGUUAUGGAGAUGUUUAUGCAAAAACAACCCUUGGUCGCCUUUUCAUGGUCUUCUUCAUCCUUGGAGGAUUGGCCAUGUUUGCCAGCUACGUCCCUGAAAUCAUAGAGUUAAUAGGAAACCGCAAGAAAUAUGGUGGUUCCUAUAGUGCGGUUAGUGGAAGAAAGCACAUAGUUGUCUGUGGUCACAUAACACUUGAAAGUGUGUCCAACUUCCUGAAGGACUUCCUGCACAAGGAUAGGGAUGAUGUCAACGUAGAAAUCGUCUUUCUGCAUAAUAUCUCCCCUAACCUUGAGCUGGAGGCUCUCUUUAAACGACACUUCACUCAGGUGGAAUUUUAUCAGGGUUCAGUCCUUAAUCCCCAUGACCUGGCAAGAGUGAAGAUAGAGUCAGCAGAUGCGUGCCUAAUUCUUGCCAAUAAAUACUGCGCUGACCCAGAUGCUGAAGAUGCCUCCAACAUUAUGAGAGUUAUAUCAAUAAAGAAUUACCAUCCGAAGAUAAGAAUUAUCACCCAGAUGUUGCAGUAUCAUAAUAAGGCCCAUCUACUAAAUAUCCCAAGCUGGAACUGGAAAGAAGGGGAUGAUGCAAUCUGUCUUGCGGAGCUUAAGCUGGGUUUCAUAGCCCAGAGCUGCCUGGCACCUGGCCUUUCAACAAUGUUAGCCAACCUUUUCUCUAUGAGAUCAUUCAUAAAGAUUGAGGAGGAUACGUGGCAGAAAUACUAUCUGGAAGGAGUUGCAAAUGAAAUGUAUACAGAAUAUCUGUCUAGUGCCUUUGUGGGUUUGUCUUUCCCUGCAGUUUGUGAACUGGUGUUUGCGAAAUUAAAGCUCUUAAUGAUAGCCAUAGAAUACAAGUCAGAAAAACGGGAAAGCAGAAGCCGAAAGCGCAUAUUAAUCAAUCCUGGAAACCAUGUCAAGAUUCAAGAAGGUACCUUAGGAUUCUUCAUUGCAAGUGAUGCCAAAGAAGUAAAAAGGGCAUUUUUUUACUGCAAGGCCUGUCAUGAUGACAUCACAGAUCCCAAAAGGAUAAAAAAAUGUGGCUGCAAACGGCAAGUAAAGAAUGCAGCUAGACCAAGUUACCCAAAAAGUUCAUAUCAAUUCAAGAAUGCAACUACUAAUGCACUGGUUGGUGCCAAGUCCACUGAAGGAACCCCGGAACCUGUUUCACUUGUUAAUAACCGUAAAGGGAGCCUCUUCCUACCCAACAAUCCCUCGCUGCUGCACCUUAACUUAUUGAGUUCUGUUGAACAAGGAAAAUCUACCUACUGUAGAUUGCAAAGGGCACUCAGCUUGCCUGUAAAAUACCGCUACCACUCCCAAAAGCCUGGGUUGAACCAAGAUCUCCUUGAAGAUGAGCAGCCAUCGACACUAUCACCCAAAAAAAAGCAACGAAAUGGAGGCAUGAGAAAUUCACCCAACUCCUCACCCAAACUGAUGAGGCAUGACCCCUUGUUAAUUCCUGGCAAUGAACAGAUUGACAAUAUGGAUGCCAAUGUGAAAAAAUAUGACUCUACUGGGAUGUUUCAUUGGUGUCCAGCCAAGGACAUUGAAAAGGUCAUUUUGACUCGAAGUGAAGCAGCGAUGACAGUUUUAAGUGGGCAUGUAGUCGUUUGCAUAUUUGGGGAUGUUCAAUCUGCUUUGAUUGGAUUAAGAAAUUUAGUGAUGCCAUUACGAGCCAGCAACUUUCACUACCAUGAACUCAAGCACAUUGUGUUUGUGGGUUCACUUGAAUACCUGAGAAGGGAGUGGGAGACACUGCAUAACUUCCCAAAGGUUUCAAUCUUGCCUGGUACGCCAUUAAGUCGGGCUGAUUUAAGGGCUGUCAACAUCAACCUCUGCGACAUGUGCGUUAUCCUGUCAGCCAAUCAGAAUAAUAUUGAUGAUGCUUCGCUGCAGGACAAGGAAUGCAUCUUGGCGUCACUCAACAUCAAAUCUAUGCAGUUUGAUGACAGCAUUGGGGUCUUGCAGGCUAAUUCCCAAGGCUUUACACCCCCUGGGAUGGAUAGGUCAUCUCCAGACAACAGUCCGGUCCAUGGCCUGUUACGUCAACCUUCCAUUACAACAGGAGCCAACAUCCCUAUUAUAACAGAGCUAGCUAAGCCUGGCAAACUUCUGCCUUUGGUUUCAAUCAGUCAGGAAAAAAACAGUGGAACCCACAUUCUAAUGAUAACUGAACUGGUAAAUGAUUCAAACGUUCAGUUCUUGGACCAAGAUGAUGAUGAUGAUCCAGACACAGAACUGUAUCUCACGCAGCCCUUUGCAUGUGGAACCGCAUUUGCUGUCAGUGUGCUGGACUCUCUCAUGAGCGCAACAUACUUCAAUGACAAUAUCCUCACACUGAUACGGACAUUGGUAACAGGAGGAGCCACACCGGAGCUGGAAGCACUGAUUGCCGAGGAAAAUGCGUUGAGAGGAGGUUACAGCACACCACAGACACUUGCAAACAGGGACAGGUGUCGAGUAGCUCAGUUGGCUUUGUAUGACGGUCCAUUUGCAGACCUAGGGGAUGGAGGUUGCUACGGAGAUCUAUUUUGUAAAGCACUGAAAACAUACAAUAUGCUUUGCUUUGGAAUUUACCGAUUAAGGGAUGCACAUCUAAGCACUCCCAGCCAAUGCACUAAACGUUAUGUUAUCACAAACCCACCGUACGAGUUUGAGCUUGUGCCGACAGACUUGAUCUUCUGUUUGAUGCAAUUUGACCACAAUGCCGGCCAGUCCCGAGCCAGUCUUUCUCAUUCCUCCCAUUCCUCCUAUUCUUCCAGCAAGAAGAGCUCAUCUGUUCACUCCAUCCCAUCCACAGCAAACCGACCCAACCGCACCAAGACCAGGGAUUCUCGGGAAAAACAGAAUGCAACAAGGAUGAAUAGAAUGGGCCAAGCAGAAAAGAAAUGGUUUACAGAUGAGCCGGAUAAUGCCUAUCCCAGAAACAUUCAAAUCAAGCCCAUGAGCACUCACAUGGCCAAUCAGAUCAAUCAAUACAAAUCGACAAGCAGCUUGAUACCACCGAUCAGAGAAGUUGAAGACGAAUGUUGACUCCUUCAAGGCCAGAACUAAUUUUUUAAAGCCCGACAAACUUCAUGAACGGUGACGUGACAUUUAUUCCUCUUACAUGCCGAACCACUGACGGAGAACUUUUGAAGGGCAAGCGUAACGGGGAAACAAAGUAGACAGAUCUUUGUUUGUCUGCCUUUAAUAUUGCUUCCAUGUAUUUUGGAAACUUUCAGUUUUAAAUGAACAUAAUCAGAACUAGUCAUGUAUAGCCUCUAGCAGUUUAAAUUAUUUUUCUUUAUUAGGAAAAAUAUAUAUUUUUUCUUUUUUUUCUUCAUUGUCAAGUAUUUUCCCUUUCAAAAACUGCAGAUGUGGCCGGACUCCUAAGACAGGAAAUAAUAACCAAAAACACCACAUCCCAGUCUUCAGCCUAAAGGAGGAUGAUGGUCACAGUUAUAAGGAUAUAUAAUCCAGGGAGACAAAAGAGAUAUUUACAAAAAGGAAAUAAGUGAAGGCCCAGCUUGUAUUGUAGUAACCCCCCCCCCCCCCCCCCCAAAAAAAAAAGGAAGGAAAAAAAAAAAAGAAAAGAAAAGAAAAGAAAAAAAGAACAGUCCAAAACAUGUUUCUUUACAGAAGGAUGUGUAUUUUGUUCAGCAUUGACACCAGCUCUUAAUAAACUGAACUUAUUUAUUUUCAAAUGUGAAAGUCAUAUUUUUGUACAUGUAACACGAGACAUUAUUGGUUUUAUUACAGUAUACAGCUCACCCUCAUUGCCAGUGACAUGCAAGUCCAACCACCCCAUGCACUGUAAUGCCCCUGCAGAAGCCCCACAUCCUCUAUAGCCCUCUGCGCUGUCAAGUGUGCUGUGGAACAUCAUCACCCCAAGCCGAGGGACAUGUAGGCAGGGCACUCACAGGCAGCACUUGUUAUAAAUGGCAACCCUGGCUUCAGCAGAGGCUUAUUCCAGACAAUUCCUUCUUUGCCACAGGUUACAGCACUGUGAGCUGGAGCACCUAAACAGUGUGUGAACUCAUAAGCCAAAAGCUUUCUCAUCCACCAUAUUCUGUUGGUUUCUUAAGACUGAAGUACAGAUGGGUCCGCAUCAGUCUUGCGUAUCCGACUCAAAUUCUUCCUGAUCCACAGCAAGCUUUAGCCCCAGACCUGUGGUGAUAACACACGCCUCCAUGAAGGGCAUUGAAUUGCCUUUGCUGACCGCUGAUCAGGAUAAAAACCUGUGGCUUUGCCUCAGCUUGACAACGUCAAUGCACUGUUGUCAGUGAUGUGCUGUACCAAGCAACAUCACAGUUUGGCAGUGUCUUUUUUUCCCCGUUAUGUAUCUAUUUUAGUUUGCUUUGCGGGGACACCAUGCUUAAAGGUAAGGCAAUAACCAAAUCAAAGUAAAAAUAAUGAAUGUAUUUAUCCUACCUUACAAAAGGCCUUCAACAGGUGCCUUUUGUGUCAGCAGUUUCACAAAGUUGCCAACAAGCUUUCUAGCCAGCAGAGAGAAAAGUGCUCUCAUAUCUGUGCUGCAGUAUCUAUUCACACCAAGCAUUUGGUGGUCUAAAUGAUUCAGUAAACCUGUCUAUCUAUCUCAAAGUAGCAACAUCAGAUAAAAUUGUGUGAAGAAAAAAAUAAAUAAAAUGAAAAGGCUGUGAUAUUAAGGAAUAAAACAACAACAUAGGACACAGUAAGUAGGAAAGGCAGCUUUUCAUGGCGCAAGAUAACCGUAGGCUCUGUAAUUCUGCAGAAUAGUGAAAUACCGCAAUAAAACAUACCGUGGUACUUUUAUCAUUAGAGAAAUAUCCGUGAAUCAAUCUGAUACAAAGCAGAUUAAUAUGUUGUCAAAACAAUGAUGUCCACUAUGUAAUCCAACAUUUAAGCUAAGCUCUCUCGGCCUUGAUGUUUGUCCACUGGCUGCGGUACAAAUGUAACCAUACUACCACCUUAUAGGCUUUAUGCUGGAGUGACUUCUUGGACUGCAACUACUUUGUUGCUACAUUUUGUAGAAUAGGUAUUUAAAGAAAAUAACAGGACUUGUUAUGCAGUAUAUGUAGAAUUGGAUCGUUUAAAAUAUUUCAAUAUCUCCUGCAAAGAAACAAAACAGUUUAAGCAGUUUCUCAUUACUAUUUAGACCAUGUUUCUCUCAUUUCACAGUCCCAGAACAGAAGAUGAUUUGGGCGAGUUCUUCCAAUCUAUGCCACUCAAGCUAACGACAUGUUAUAAUCUGCAUCCAGUUUCUGCAGUGGGUCAAGUUAGGCCUUUUCUUUGAAGUCAGCGCUCCUUUUUCAUUUAUGAACUGCUUUCAUGGUAACCUCAGCGGAAAAAGCCAGUCCCACUUACAAGAGAAAUCUUGAAAAUGGUGUCAGACCUCACCAAGUUCGCAUUAAUUGUCUUUUUCAAAGACUGGUGUGUAAUCUAUGGGGAAAAUUACACCUGUGCACACUGUGCCAGUUCUGAGUGUCCGUCCUUCAGAAUAGAGUACUCAAAGUACAAAACACACUAAAGAAUCAAACAAAACAGUCCUACAUCAUUAAGGUUUGUGUGUCUGUCCCGGGUAACCGUCAUACAGCAAAAUGCCAAGCUGCCAACUGUACACAGGUAAAGGACAAGCUCUGAUCACUCUCGCAGAUAGGUGUGUAUAUAAGGGUAGGAAGAUGGAUCAAUACGAGAGACAAGCAGGUAUAAUUGUGCUGUUUGGACUUCCCAGUUAUAGAAAACCUAAGAGAAAUCAAAAAUAUUUUCUUGCUCUUCUUCUCAGUGAUCAAAAGCUCAGGACUGGCUUCUAGCAAUUAGCUGGAGGAGCAUGUAGCAAGCCUCUUGGAGAUCUUUAACCCUCCACCAUUAAACACCACAGUAAGGUCAGCACUAAGGUUUGGAUGUAUUAGUGGCAUCACAGCAAGGGGCUGGGAAAGUGGCCUAAGGACAGCUGACUGGCAAUACGAGGAGUGAAGGAGAAAUGAAAUUUUGAGGUUCCUGAAGAAAUCCUAGCCCUCUCUCAAAAGAGAAGGAAAAAUGGAAUUUGUGCUUUCGCAGGAGUUGCAUGCACGAUCAGUCAAGGCUAAACAGGCUUUGGUGGUUGUUAAUCAGGUGGUGGAUACCAUGUAUGUGUUUUCACGUGUGAAUGCACACACACACAUAUGUGUGGAUACAGACACAUGUAUUUGGGGUGUUUGUAAGUAUUAGGUACAGGUCAGAGCCACCCCCAAAGGAUGACAGUUUUGUCUUUUAGGGGAGGGGGAGGAUGGCAGAGAUGAGGUGAAGAUGUACACAAAGAGAAAGGGCAUACAUCACCCAAGGGCUAACACAUGGAGGAAAUGUAUCUACUGGUCUCGCAUGGUCUGAAUACAGAGAAACCACUCUAGGUGGCUAGCUGCAUGCCAGCCAUAUGCUUACAGCGUGCUGCCAGCACUAUGUCCCAUAUGCACGUGCUGGAAUGCUAGCACAGUGCCUGCAAGCCAGCCGGUCUCUGUCUAGUGGGCAGUAUUUUAACAAUGCAGCCCCUGAAUCACACCAGCACCAGAGUGAAAGGACAGAAUUGCCUGCUGCCCUGGCAUUGGAGAGGGUGCUGCUCAGGCACUGUGCGCAGCCCCCUGACAGCCACACAUAGCACAAGUUAAUGCAUAAAGAGGAUAGUCUGAGCCUAAAUGCAAUGGGACUGUUUUAGUGGUGUGUGUAAGGCAAUGGGCAUGCAAUGUAUUGUUUGGUAGGGAUAAAAUUGGAAAACAAAAAGGCAACCACAGUUUCUUGAAAACUGCAAAGACCAUCUAAAAAUGCCAUCCAUGUUGACAACUCUUGCGUGUCGAACUCAGCAUCUGUGGUUAAAAAGCAGGUGCAUGUGGCUCAAAGUACAAGCCUCUUGGUUGGGGACAAGGUCACUUAAGCAGCACUACAGGUUCAUGAACAAUGUUAUUAUUCCACCUAUGGCACGCAGAGACCCUAGCAGCCCCAAAGACAGGCAUGUGAGGACAGGCAACAAGCAAGAGCACAGCAGGGACAUCCAGGUUUUCAUACAAAUGUCAGUGUGCAACUAUUUCCCAUGUGUGUAUGAAGGGAAACUCAGCGAUACUUAUACAAGGUGAAGACAGUAAAAAUGACUGUAAUGAGGACCCUGUGCAGCCUUAUCAAGCCACACAGAUGUCUAGUCACUGGGUCUUCAGAAGCCUAUAGGCUGUUAUAACAGCUGUGGAUGUACAGGAAGCCACAUUUAGACACAGUAAAUAUUUUUUUUUAUUCUUUUUUCAUUUGUAAAGGAAAAGCAUCCCAAUGAGUCAGAUCGCAUGCAUAGGGAAUUAUCCUCAGCCAAAAACAGAAAAAUGGGAAAAGGCGUUGACACUGAAUAUGCAACAGGACACUAGAACAAUGGUGUCUAAAUGCUUUUUUUACAGGUCGACAGGUAGCAAGAAGAGACACCGUUGGCAUUUGUUUGUUGUGUGGUCUGGUUUUGGUUUUGGUUUUGCCAAUGAAAGGAGUAUUUGCACAUACUGAAGUCUUUAUAGAGUAGGAGAAGGAAAGGAAACUGUAUUCAAUCACAGAGGAUUGCUUCUGGCAGUUCUGUUUGGGUGCGAGCUAAGUCUAGAAGUAACCGGAUGCAUAAACGGAUGCAUGAUGGAAGCAGCAAUGUAAAAAUCCUACAUGUUUGUCCUCACUGCCCGUCACUCAUCAUUUAAUCCAUAAACCUGUUAACAACUUUCCCGGGACACGGGGACACUCGCACGGAAUCAGGAAAAAAACAGAGCAGGCAUUCACAGAUUCUCAUCGCAAAGCAUGUUCCUAAAGGCUACUGCAGAGCAAUGUAUUUGAAAUGAGAGCAUACUAUGUGUGGGGUGGGGGGGAGAAAAUUCAUGGGGAAAGCUGUUAUCAUUGUGAAUUUCCUCAGCAUCAAAAGAAGCAUGCAUCCCACCUUUCAUUUCUAGUUUAAAACCUGCCUAAAACAAGCAUGCAAAAGGGGAAAAGCAGGACAAAGUGAAGACAGAAAUGCUUUCCUUGUGUUGUGAGGGCCUGGGAACAUCUAUCACAGUCAAUGGCAGAUGUAGAAGUAAAAAAAAAAAAAAAAGGAGGAAAUUAAAAAAAAGGAAGAAUAAAAAAUAAACAAACAAACAAACAAACAAACAAAAAAAAAACAGAUGAAAGGUGAAAGAAGAGGUCUGUGUAUUCCCUCAUUUGUUGUCCUCUCCCUGCCAUCCGAACCACCAUUGACCACAACAUUUGAACAUGAAUUUUAUUUCAUGUAGAGUCCAAGGGUGCUUUACCAAUCUCAUGCCUGGCAGACUGUUUUGAUUUUAAUUUUAUUAUAUAUGUAGAUGUCAUAUAUAGAUCUGGUAAUCUUCAGUUAGCAGGCAUACUAUCUGUAGUGUUUUUGUAGUGAGUAAUAUUAGUAGCUGUCAGUACACCCCCAUCUGAAACGAAGAAAGGAAUCGAGAACCUGCUCAGCUGUCGCCACUGUUCGUGACGGUACUGUGGCCUACAGUCUGCCCCAGCACUUAUCAAAGCUAUAUUUAUGUAACCAAUGUAGCUAUCCUGCACAGACAGACAUUCUCUGCUAUAGAACACGCAGCCAUAGUGAAACUAAGUAGUCUUUAAUGUUCAGUAGUCUAUAGAACCAAGUAAAUUCUACUGAAAUCAAUAGAUUUCUAUGCUGCCUGUAUAAAGUCUCUGUGGAGGAAAGAAAAUUUAAGAAGUACUUGUGUAUCACUUUGGGUCUAAAUAACAGCAAUAGCUAACUUCUUAUGAAUCUAAAAGACGGGAAUGCUGCAUUCAAUUAGAAUCUCAGUGAGGUUAAGGGAAAGCUUCUUUCUGCCUCAGUCAAUGCAAUUUAAAGGAGAGCUUUAUAACCUAAAAACAACAGCAAUGAUAUAUAGACAGUUGAGUACGUGUAAUAGGAAAAGAGAUUUUUUUUCAGAAAUCAAAAAUGGGGCAUACGAGCAUUGUGUUGACUAAAAAAUUACAAAAAGGAGCCAUGCGAAAAGGUCAGCAGAAGUUACACCAAGUAGCUGUUCAGGAGUGCCGCUACUGUGACAGUGUAUCUCGGGACACACAUGCCUAGCCAAUGCAAAGAAUGUCAUGUCAGUUUAUUUAAAAAAAAAAAAAAAGUCAGUGAUAGAAUGUGAACUUUUGCAUUUU